AUGGCUGAUAGAGAAUGGAUAGUUGUAACCGAUACUGCUGGCCCGGUUGGCUUUUGCCUCUCAAUUAUUUCUAACACCACUCUGCUGUUUUUAAUAUUCUCUAGAAGUUCACCAAUCAAAGGGCCAUACAAGAAAAUGUUGAUCGUAUUGUGUAUCUUCACAGUUUUCUAUUCAUUCGUUGAAAUAAUGCUCCAACCUCUGAUUCAUCUCUAUGAUGACACUCUGUUUUUGAUUCAAAGAAAACGUUUUGAUCUGUCUAAAACGAUUACAAGAUUGAUCCCAACUACUUACUGUUGGUGCUACGCGAUGAGUUUCUGUCUUUUUGCUCUACAAUUCUUAUAUCGAUAUGUGGCAGUGUGCAAACCUCAAUACGUCGGCUACUUUGCUGGCUGCUACUUUUAUUACUGGUUGGCUCUUAUCUUAUCACUUGCUACAAGCUGGGGUUUGACUGCUGCUUUUAUGUUCCCCCAAACGAAUCGAACGACCGAAAGUUUUCUUUAUGUCAUCGAAACUUCUUACGACUUGGAUCCGUAUUGGGCAGAUUAUGUGGCUUAUAAAUAUUUUGACACCGAUGAGAAUCAUGUUCGGCACAUAAAUGUUCUCAGUUUCUUUGGCGUUUUGCAACAUGGUCUUGUAAUAAGUUUGAGCUUUGGCACAUUGUUUUAUUGCGGUGUACAAACGUAUGUGAACAUCAAAAAGCACACAGGAAUGUCCGAAAAAACUCGAAGUCUUCAGCUACAACUUUUCAGAGCUCUUGUUGCUCAGACUUGCCUUCCAAUGUUUAUGAUGUACAUUCCGAUUGGGUUCAUGUUUUCUUGUCCUUAUUUUGAUUUACAACUCGGCGCAGUCACUAAUUAUCAAACUGUUAUGGCUCAACUGUAUCCUGGAAUCGAUCCGUUCGUAGUUCUUUUUCUAAUUGAUGCAUAUAGAAGAACCAUUCUUAAUAGCAUCUGCCCACGAUUUUUGCAUAAGAAGGUUCUUCAUAAAACGAUUUCUCAACCGGACGUGUCCAUGUUUUCAGUUUCUGUCAAACCUUCGAUUUCUUCGAAUGGAUUGACUUCAACCAGUCGGAUGUCCUAG